GUAGUUUCAUUUUUAAAGAUCCUGAGAAAUCAACUUUAAAUAAAUUCAAAAUUAAAAGUGUGUUUCAAAGAAAACAAGUAUUUGACAAGAGUACUUUUAUAAUAUAUCUUACAGAUGUGAUAAAAAACUCUGUUUCUCACUAAUAUACUAAACAUUUCUACUAUAAUCGGAGAGGAACCUUAAAAGUUCACAAACCUCCUCAAAAUUAACUGGAAGAUCAAAAGUCAUAUUGUUUUAAAGUUUUAUAUGACUGAUUUUAUUAAAAUAAUGAAAAUAUGGAGCGAAAAUUGAAGCAGUACCAGCAAUUACGUAGCUCUUGCGCUGUGAAUUUAUCCAAUAAAGAAAGAACUGUGGAAUAUGUGCAAUAUAUGAAUAUGGUCAAGGCAUCCAAUAUAGUUAAAACAGUCACUUGCCCUGACUACUUAAACCAUAGUGUAAGUCUUUCAAAUAUAAUGCGACUCAAUCAGGCAUGUGAUGUGAAUACAGAUCAAUCUUCUAAUGAACACUCAAUUCCUAUUAAAUCUACCUCUCUCAGUACGCUGAUGACGCCAAGUACGGUAACUUUGACGCCAACAGAUUCGAAUGAGUCGUUUAACACUGUUAAAUCCGAGAAGAGCAGUAAUUUAAGUAUUAAAACUUGCUGUAGUACAACAUCAUUUUUUAAAGCUUCUGAUAUGAUUAAAAGAGCUGAAGAGCCUACUUUCGAAGAAGCUGAAUGCUGUAGCAGCAGCUUACACAUUUUUCCAGCAAAUAACAAUAGCUCUCAAAUAUUUUUGACUAAGACCGCUAAGGCUCCUGCACACCAAUAUGAAGAUUUCGCACAAAACUCAAAGAAAAACCAAAUUUCAAGAACAAAAGCCGUAGUUACGCAGACAUCGUGGUCUGCUCCUCCUACCGAGGCUACACUCAUGCCUUCUAAUAAAAAUUCAUUUUAUGAAUAUGCUGAACCAAUAUCAAAACCAUUGUCAUUUCAUUUAAAGCGGAAUAAAGGUCCAAAGCAAUGUCAGUUGGAUGUUAGUGAAAAUAAAGAACUCUGUGCCUCACGUGAUGCAUAUUGUAGUACUAAUUUAUAUCUUAAAGAAGAAACUGGUACAAAACCGAAAUCAAUACUAACACGGAGAAUAUAUUCUCAUUGUACAGAUCCAAAGUUAUACCGAUCAUGUUCUAGUAGUAUUGAAGACUCUUGCACCUCAUCUAACAUAUACUAUAAUAAUGGCCAACAAUGUGAAGAAGAAACUAAGCGAAAACCAAUAUCAACACAAGCGCAGGAAAAAAAAUCUCGUUAUAAGAAUUCGAAAAAGUACCAAACAUGUUCUUCUAAGAAUAAUGGAUUCUAUGCAUCGAAUGAUGUGAAUUCUGUCAAUACUCAAUACUUUGAAGAAGAAACCGACUCGAAAAGAAAAUUAAUACAAACACGAGGAAAACACACUCGUUGUAAGGAACCAAAAUUAUACACGUCACGUUUUAUUAAUAAUGGAGGUUCCUGUAAUUCACGUAAUGUUUACACUUGUCAAAAGGAAAGUUUGUGUUCCGGAUGCUACUUUAACUCUGAACGCUUCCACUCUGACGAUGAAACUGAUGAAAUACCAAUAUCAUUAGAAUGGCACCAAAAAUAUGCAAGUACUACUUUAUAUAAUCGUAAAAAAAAUGCCAGAGAUUUCAAAGCAAAAGAUACGGAUUACUCAUGUUUUGAAGAUGAAAAAGCUCCGUCUUCGAGAAGUAGUACCAGUAGCAGCAGCACUUUGUCGAACGGUGAUAUUAUAAGCGCUGUCUUCCUAAAGCGAUUAAAUGAAAUUCUUACAGAAGUUAAUGCAUUAGAGCAGUUAAUAGCAAAUAAAGGCAAAGGAGAUGCUCCAAUUUAUGCACAAGAAAUUCUAAACAGCAUUUUAGGUGAAAUACCUAUAUUACAGGAACACUUAUUGGGAGUAUCAGUACUGCUCACAAAGGAUAAUUCUCAAAAAUUUCGUGUACAACUGCAAGAAGCAUUUGUCAGAGUACAGCAAAUAAAAAAACAAAUUUCUAAAAAUGAUGAAGAAAUAAAGGACUCAAACUUGAAUUUCAAUGCAAGUCCUAUUGAAAGCGGGGGAGAUAUGAACAGUUUACAGUUAAGCAAAAUAUCAUAUGCUUUCACUCCUACAUCAACUAAAAUGGUGUUUAAAAAGAAAUAUCGUGAUAUUAUUAAGUCAAGUACAGAACUUUUGAAAACUUUUGAGUGUUCUACUGCCAAGGUUUACAAAUGCAAAGAACCCGUAAUGAAUAAACCUGCAAAGGAAAUAGUUACUAUUAAAACUCAGAAAAGACAACUUACAACCAUACAUAAUGACUGCGUUCCUUACACAGGUAACAUAUCUAAUCGAUCCGAAGAAGUUGCCAAGUCUAGGAAAACAAAACUAAAUAUUACGUCGGAAUGUGCUGCUCGAUCAGGUGCCUCCAUCUACAACAUAUUUCAACGUGGUAUUCGUAAACAGCAAGAAUUUCACGCACUAAAUAAAAAAUCGCAAAAAUCUGAUCGAACCUUCAUCAUAGCUAAAACAACACCAACGGAUUUAAUCACAACACUCGAAGCACCAACUCCUUUCGUAGAUGACUCCAAAGCGGUUAAAGAAUAUGAAAGUGAAGUUGACUCAAGUAACACUGAACAAUUACAAGUAGAUAGCGACAAUGAGAUCGUUCGACGAACUGUGAUGAAUCCCAACACAAAGAGUGGUAGGUGUGGUUCAAGUUGUUUUAGAAAGACAAGCGAUAAUAAAUUCAAAACUUCCUACCAUAUGCACUCACAUGUAGUGUUAAGAGGUGAAGAAAUAAAUGGUGAGGAUGUUGUUAUAACUAAUAUAUGCAAUAGUAUUAUUGAAAUCCAGGGAACACCAAACAGUUUGGAAAUUCGAGAAGUAUGGAAUUGCCUGCUGGCAUGUGGACCAGUCGCCAAGUCAAUCAAAAUUUUUAAUUGUCGUGAGGCGGCAGUAAUGGUAGCAGGAAGAAAACUAAGUAUUAAAUCAAGUUCUUUGUGUUUCCUCUUACUUUACAUAACACACCGUACAACACUUAGAAAGUCUACGGGCCUGUUAAUUGGACCUUAUAGCUUUUAUUAUAAAGGAAUUGAAAAUGAUUUUAUUAAAACUGUCAUCACAUGUACCAAAACGAAAUUCAAUAUCGUUGACUAUAGCAAUAAGUUAAAGCAAAAUUCAUCCAAUUGGGGAUUUUUACCGGAAUGCCACGUACCCAAUUGGAAUUCUGUAAAUGAAGAUUUCAAAAAAUUCGUAUAUUCACAAUUUCCACGCUAGUGUCUACACUUUGUCUACAUAUGCCUAAGUACUGCAAGAUAAUAUCGCUUUUUCAUAUAUUCAUGUAUUUUACAUACAUACCGCCUUAUUAUAGUUUUUAAUACAAAUAAACCUU